GAACACGAGGUGAGGAAUCUGUGUUCACCGACAGUCCGUGAAGGCAUCGUGGACAGCGGCGGCCCCGCCGACGUCGCAGUCACAUGACGAGGUGGACAGAAACAAACAUGGCGCCGCGAAAGUAAGGAAAAGUGCUGGAGGGCAGUUUGUUCAGGCCCCACCGCAGGACAGAUGAGAGGAGGGAGGAGAAGAGGAGGAGGAGACCCACCAUCAUCAGGUGAAGCAGAGGAGGAAGCUAGACGAGUGGAGGACAGAAGAAGUGAGAGGUGUUAACAGCAGGUGACAGUCAUGUCCUUCAGAGAGAAGACCUGAGAGUUCACUGAAGCCUCAUCAGGAGUGGUCUCAGGGGAAGGAUGGCUCUCAGGAAGCCAUUCUUAAAGAAGGGAAACAGUUACUCAGGAAUAGAGCAAGAUGGCGCUGAGGAAGCAAAAGCUCAUCGACGUGGCCUCUGAGAACCAGAAGGAGGAGGACUCGCAGGAGGACGAAGCUGCAGACGAGCAGGACGAGCUCUCGGCGUCGCUGCUCGCCACGUCAAUGGCGAGGGAGAAACGGCAGAGGGAGAGCAAAUCCAAACCUAAAGAGAUGUCCGAGGAGGAGAUGAUGGACUUGGCUCUGCGCCUGAGCGAACAGGAAGCGAGCGCCACGGCACUCAGACGGCAGCAAGAGGAGGAGGAGGCCAUGAUGAGGGCCAUCAAGGAGAGCAUGGUCGGCCAGACGCAGGCAUGCCGGACCCCCAAGAGUCCAUCUCAGCCCGCCGACGUUUCCCUCAGGCUCUGCUCCCGCCGCAAACUAGCGUACUCGAACGGGAAGACAACGCUCGCCAUCGAUCGAGGAGCCUCAGAGGACGGCUGCCUUCAAGCAGGAUCUGGAGACGGUGACAACGGGAAUUUAAAGAGGAAGAGGAAAGCGGGGAGUCCUCUGCCGGAGAUGCCAGACUUGUCGCAGACUCAGGUCUACUCUCAGGCGUCUCCCUGCAGCUCCGAGUCUCUGCCGGCUCUCCCCGACUCGCCGCAGAGCUCCGACUCCACGCAGAUCCAGGACUCACAGCUGCAUCAGUCUCCCGUCUUUCCACUGACGGGCUGCCGGGCGGAGGUCCGCAUUGGCCGGCUGAGCCAGGACCUGCUGGACACCUGCAGGAGCUCCGGGUUCGUGCUGUGCUCUCAGAAUGGUUCGAACGCCACCCAAAAGUCCCGUCGUCCCGAGAGCCCGACGUUCCCUAAAAGUGACGUCGCCUCAUGUCCCAAAAGCCCCGCCCUGUCUGGCACAGAUCCCGACAACAGCGACGAGAUUGAGCCGAGCCCCGAGUGCGCUAAAAGCCCCGUGUUUGGCAGGAACGCUCAGCACGAGAGGUCGCCGAGCGCCCGCAGACCCCGAGACGCCAUGCGCAGCCAAGACGGUGAAAACUCAGGAUUCACGUUUUCUUCUCAGGACAGUUUAACCCCCUCCGUGAAACCCACGUCCCCCGUGUUCCCACGAAGCCCCGGCAUUCCUCCAUCAGAACGGUUAGCAUUCCCAGAAAGUCCCAAUAGAGGACAGGCCGAGCCGAGCCACGCCCACUCCGAGAGCCCCGUUUUCGGACUGCAGCAGCAGAGGUGCGAGAGUCCUCCAGCCAACAGGAAGGACGGUCAGAGUCGAUUGGACGGGCUGAAAGCGUCCGAGUCAGACGAGCUGAGCGGGCGGGCCAAAGCCCCGAACCCGGCCGAGAGUCAGCUGACCAGCGAUAUGACGCUAGUCUGGUCUGACGGGGACGAGGACGUCACGCCGACCGGCUCUCCCAGCCCCGUCUUCCCAGAGGAGACGUCAGUUCAUCAGGCGGAGAGCCCGGCGGCCUCCCUGAACCACGUGGCUGCUGCUUCAGGGGCGACUGGAUCAAACUGCAGCCUGCGUCCUCAGAGCAGCUCCAACAGACAAACUUCGCCUGAAACUUCUUCCAAGUCCGGCACAGAGGAGCCGCGGCCUGAUCGCAGCAGGACGCUCUCCUCUGUCGGCUCUGGAGAGUCCGCCGACUCCACCACGGUUCACUACUACUGGGGCGUUCCCUUCUGCCCGCGAGGCCUCGACCCAGACACGUACACGCAGGUGAUCGUGGCUCAGAUGGAGGUUUACGAGAAGACUCUGAAACGGGCUCAGCGGCGUCUGCUGAGGAAGGCGGAGUGGGGCGAGGCCGUCCUGCCGCAAACGGAGGAAUCGCCGUCGCACGAGUUGCCCGCUGGAUCGCCUCAGCGUCACGCCGCUCGCAGACGAGGUCUCAGGCUGAGGAGCAAAACUCAGGAUGAAGCUGCUGAUACUCCGACAACGGAGGAGAAGGAGGAGGAAGAGGAGCAAACGAAGACGGAAAACAAAGAGGAGGACGGGAAGAAGGAUGGAGACGAAGAACCGAUGGACGCUGAGGACUGUGAGGUUUGUCCAGAGACGCAGCUGAGCGGCGACAGCAGUCAGGACGUGACGCUGGUGUGUGACGCAGAAGAUCAGCCUGCAGCUAAAACUCCGGAGAUUCAGAUGAUCCUUCACGCUGAUCCUCCCUCCAGGAGCGAGCCACAGGUGGAGGAGGUGGAGGCCGACGCUCCAACAGGUGAACAGAUGGAGGCGGACGUCCCCGUCAGGAGCAGCGAGGGCGGCGCCGGUCAGCCUGCGAGCAGGGAGGAGGUGCAGGAGGACGGAGGGGAUCCAGAUGUGGAGGAGAUAAAGGACCAAGCGCCGGAGCCGGCCGUCGUCCCCCGCAGCCCCGAGACCGCCGUCGACUGCCCGCUCUGCCAAGCGUCCUUCCCCGCGAGCAGGAUCGAGAUGCACGCCGCGUACUGCGACGGCGAGGUAGCAGUCGUGGAGGAGAGGAGGCCCAAGGUCGACUACAUACAAGUGUCACGGAAGACUCAGAGGAAGAGAACACACAGAGCGAACGCCGAAGACACAAAUGAGGGCGCUGACGUUGGCAGGAACCAGGAGAAGUGCUACAUCUGUCAGAGAGCCGUGCCUCUGAAGGACUACAGCCGACACACCGAGCUCUGCAUCCAGCGCCACGGAUCCAAGACUGCAGCUAGGGGAAAUCUGCUGCUGGCUCUGGAUCAGACGGAGAGCAGAGACUCGGAUGCUGGCCCGUCUGGAUCCAAAGUCCUGCCCGGUGAUGUCAUCGAUCUGCGGGAUGAUGAUGAUGACGAGGAGGAAGUGUCAGCAUUCAGGGUCAGUAACUCUCCCAUCAGGUCCUUCACACCCAUCUCAGAAGCCGCCGACUGCCUUAUCGACUUCAAGAAACAGCAGCGAGCCAAGAAGCCGUACCAAAGACGCCGAUGAGGGCGGAGCCUUAACUGGAGCCCACAGCGGGCUGAAGGACAUUUCUGCAGAUCGAACUUUUGAGUGCUGAAAGUGCGUCGGGCUGACGCUGAAGAUGUCUCAGUCUACCUCCUCAUGAACAUUUCCUUUAUGUUACUGUAGCUUCGCUCAAACAUGAAAUGAAAUUAAAUGUUGGAUUUUCUGCCUUUGAUUUUCUGUCCCGUCGUCAUGGAUACUCGUGUGGAAACAGCGGGUUAGAUGCGCUGAGGCGCUGCUCACUGCAUUUACAGGUGAGGCCAAACCAAAGUACCUGCAGUUCCUCUAGUGGCCACAUGAGGCGGCAGUGAGUCAGUCCCCAUAAACUCUCACAGUACAGUCGAGUUUUCAGCUGAUCGUUUCACUCGGUGUGCUUGUGUGCGCUGGCCUUCGGUGAACAUUCUGCUCGCCGUGCUCUGACACACCUUUGUGUUGCCAAGCGACUGGGAUGGGUGGGAUUAGAAAUGAGUCUGUCAGAGGGACGCCUCAGGUUAGAGAGGCGAGGCUGAUGUGGUCUGGACAAAGGAGGAGAAGAGGGAGACCUCAGAGCUCUCUGGGUGUCAUCCAGAGCAGGAUAGGCUGGUUAUGGAGGCAGGUGGUCCGGCGUGGUUACCUCUGAGGUCACUGAAGGAAGAAGUGCUGAAUGUGGCUGUGCUGAAGUCGUGACUGAGUGAUUGUGUCAGCUCAGAGUUUCCUAGAUUACCCAAGAAAAACACCGCAGAAAGUCCGGUGUGCCCUCAAGCAAGGGUGUUGUGCCAUCACAGUUGGUGCACCUCAGCAGCAUCAGACAGAUGGGCCUGCAGCUGGUUGGGUGAAGGUGUCUUUUGGACCAGCCUUUUCCUCCGUCGUGGCUCAGAAAUGACACUACAGCACCAAACUGCAUCUGUCAUCGCUCCAGGAGAGUGACACGCCACGGCAUCCAGACCUCACUUUCCUGUAACGUAACAGUAACAUCGAAGACUUCCUGUAAACCAGAGGACACCACGGUUAGAGAGGUUUGCUCCACAGAUGAACUUAACAGUGUCGGUGCUUGAGUCGAAUCCCGCUCUGUGCAUUGUUUCCUCGAUCAAAGAUGGACGAAGGCUUGUGAUGUCACUUUCUGGGUUUUGAGGCCUCAGCGUCACCAUUUUGGCUGCUAACCUGUUCACCCGCUGUUGGCAAGCUAGCCCUUGCAUGGUACCUGCUGAGUAGCACACUGAAUAAACGCCUAGCAUGAAAUAUUAGUUCUCAAAUAAUUUAAAAAAGGCUCAACAGCACAAACACGCUGCAGAGGCCCAGGGAGUCCUGCUAGCAGCCUGUCAGUCACAGAGGCCACGCCCCCUAGCUUUGAGGAACAGGCUGUCUGUAAAAUCCGUCACCGCCGGAGCCUCGAGUGGCGUCGGAGGAACUGCAGUGUAAUGUGCACUAUUCUUACUCAGCCUCCAAACUGAGCUAAAGAAAGAAAAACUAGAAGUGCUUCGUUUGUCUUCACAAGACAAAAAUGAUCAAAAUCAAUAUUGUUGUGAAUGUUUUCUAUAAAAUCUCAUAAACGAGUGUUUCCUGUUCUGCA